GAUCACUACCUAGGCUACAGGCUCUACCGUAUAGUAGUGCACAAAAAAAUUAACGACGUUGUCUCUCCUCGGCCUCCAAGCAGGGCUAGGGAGCAAUGUAUCAUCAUCAUCAUCCACAGCAGCAGCAUGCAAUGUGUACACGUAAGCCCCACUUGUUCACAGUUUCAUUGCUCCUGAGUUUGCUCCUUGUGGGUCAAAGUGUGGAAGUAAGACAAUUGUCAGCAAUCAGGAAGGGUCCAUGGCAUCACGAGAUUGUGGAAGGCCCUCACCCUGAUGCAGUUGUCAGUGCCACUUUUAACAACACUAUUAACCUCACUGGUUGGGCAACUCUGGAGAUUGUUGACCUUCGCUCUCCGGACUCACCUCAAAAGAUGCUGGACCAGGAGGUGGCUUACGUAGCCGGGCUGAUGGAGGGCAACCUCACGGGCCCACUCAUGCUUAUGCAGUGGAAGAACACAAUGGCCAACUAUUGCACAGAUAACCCAGAGCUCUGCUCCAAGAUUGAUGACUUUAUCGUUAAGAACAAUGACUUCACACAAAAGCUAGACAGUGAUGACCCCUACUGGCACCAGAUCUACUUGUUCGCACUCCAAAUCAUGGGCCUCAUGGACGGAUAUGGUGACUUGGAUAUUGAACAGCUUCCCGACUUCUCUUUUAUAUUCUUUCAACUUCAUGGAGACUUAAAUGACCUGGAGUCAGCCUUAGGCGGAGGCAACAAGUCCUAUUCCCAUGUUCUGGGCUCCGGAUCUUGUUCAGCACUGAUUAAACCACUCCCUGAUCACUCUGAUAUUUUAAUCGGUCACGACACUUGGACCAGUUACUAUAAUAUGUUGCGGAUCUACAAGUUGUAUGACUUCAAGUUUCACAUGAGCCAUUCAGACAAGCGACUGAUUCCCGGACACAGGCAGAGUUUCUCUUCUUACCCCGGUCGUCUGUACAGUGGUGAUGACUUCUACGUAUUGGGAUCAGGACUGGUGACCAUGGAGACCAGCAUAGAGAACUUCAACCCUGACCUAUGGAAGUUUGUAACCCCUGAGAGUGUGUUUGAGAACUAUCGCGUGGUGGCAGCCAAUCGGUUGGCCUCGUCAGGGAAGGAGUGGACCUCUAUAUUCAGCAAGUACAACAGUGGAACGUACAACAAUCAGUGGAUGGUGGUUGACUACAAGCUGUUUCAGCCUGGGGCAAAAGAUCUCAAGGAAGGACUGCUCUGGGUGCUCGAGCAAUUACCAAACAAGACGGUAGCAUUUGACAAGACUGACAUGCUAAUCAAACAAGAGUAUUGGGCAAGCUACAACAUUCCAUUUUACCCGAGUAUCUACCAAAUGAGUGGGACAGCUGAGAUGGCAGCAAAGUAUGGGGACUGGUUCGAUUGGUAUCACUGCCCGAGAGCAAAGAUAUUCUCUAGGAACCAUAGUGACGUGACUGACCUUGACUCUAUGGUAGACCUAAUGAGGUACAACAACUUCCAACAUGACCCUCUCUCAAGCUGCAAGUGUACUCCACCCUACUCCGCUGAAAAUGGUAUUGCUGCCCGCUCAGAUCUGAACCCUGCUGAUGGCACGUACCCUCUGCCUGCAUUAGGUCACAGAGCUCAUGGAGCUAUUGAUAUGAAGGUGACCAAUUACAAGAUGUUCCAGAGUCAUUCAUGCAUGGCCAGUAGUGGGCCCACGUUUGAGGAGCAGCCUCCCUUCCAGUGGAGCAAGUCAGGAUUCACCCCCGUCCCUCUUGGCCAUCCGGACGUGUGGAACUUUAAACCUGUCCACGUUUCCUGGAACUCCUAACUAUACAAAUUACAACCAUUACUUUUGUGUGCGGAAAUAACAAAUGCGUGAUAAUAAAAUAAUAGCCGCUCGCUACUCCCAGCUGGGUAUCACGCAUUAAUUUCUAGCAAUACCAUAAUUAUAUAGCUACAUGUAUUGUGGUCCCCAACGCUAUAUUGUAUAGAUAAUGAUACGUAUGAGGCACAUACUUUAUUAAUCUGCUAAAAGUGUAAGCCAAUUAAUGUCAGAAAUGAUAAAACUGAUAACGUAAUUGAAAGUUGAUUAGA